AUGGCGCCCUCGCACACGGCAACGGGCAGCCAGGCAACGGCGAUCCAACCCUCGGCUGCCACAACGCCCACCACGUCCCGCGACUUUUUCGCCUCGUCACCGGCAACAACCUCACAGCCUUCGAAAGGCGAUGUCAGAGACGGAGACAACGCCGCCGGGUAUACUGACAGCGCAGACGCACACGUCGCAGUGGCACCCGCGUCCCCCACACGAUCACCCAUCCGCCGAGCUCCGCCACGCCGGGCGGCCGCCGAGUCCAAGCCUCUUUUCUUUGACAUCGAAGACGACGACGAAGACGGCGACGAUUCGCUCGGCCACGACAAGUCUGCUUCACCAUCGCACAAGCACAAGCUUCCAGCUGCUAGGCCUCAGGCCGACGACAAGGAUCUCGACUUCCGCUCACCCUCUUCCGACCCAGUGCUGGACGACCAGGAUGAGCCGUCUACCUCGUACCGCCCUCAACUUUUGUCAGUACCCACGGCUGCGGUCGGGGCGCUCGACGAUGACUUGUCGCCAAAUUUCGACACGCCCUCCCCCGCGGGCGCAAAGAGCGUUGAUAAGAAGCGUACGCGCGAGUCUGCGCUGCCCACCAGGAGCCCGACGCCUGCCCCGUCUAUCCACAUCGACCGCGAUCGCUUCGAACGUCGCUACCUCGGCACGUUUGUCCUCUCCGCCUGGUCCAUGUCCAGGGGCACUGGAUACGUCCAGCCUGGCGACCUUGUCAAGAUCUUCCGCCCGCGCAGGAAGCACCCGACCUCACCGGCCGGCCCAGCAGCCAAGAGCAAGUCGACCUCCAGUGGCGCCAAGAAAGCCAAGCAGACAACCCUCAGCUUCGGCUCCUCGAGCGGCGGCGGUGUCGGAGUCGGCGGAGCCAAGUCCAAGGGCAAGGAAAAGGAAGACUACAUCGUGCGCUUCAGCAACAUGAAGGGCUUCGAGGUGGGACGCAUGCCGCUCGAGGUGGCCACGUGGAUGAGCAAGCUGCUCGACAGCGAGAUGGCCGAAUUCGAGGGCGCUGUCGUCGACUGCCCGCCCAGCCUCACCGUCGGUUGCGACAUCAUCCUCCAAGUCAAGGCUUACAUUCGCUGGGAGGCCUUCUUCCUCUCCCUGAUCACGGGGCACGAUCCCAGCGGCGAGUUUGAGGCGAUGCGGCCCGAGACGAUGGAGACGAGUGUCGAAAAGAGUCUACGCGAGCGCAAGGUCUCGCUGUUGAGGCUCUACCGCGCCUGCGACUUGAAGCCUUCGCUGAGCAACAGCAUCCUCAGGGCGCAUCGGGCGACCAACGACCUUGGCAGCGAGGCCAUGCUCGACCACUACGGCGAGGAUGUCCCGGCAUCGGUGGCGGCCUCGGCCUCCCGCGCCCCGAGCCCGAGUCAGGCGGCCCGGGCUCCCUCGCUGCCAGGACCGCUCGCUUCAAGCGGUGCUCCGACAGCCUCGGGCCCAGGCUCGGCAGCGGCAGAGCCCAUCGAUCUAGGCGUCGGCGACAAUGGCGACACGAUGCCCGCCGCCAGCGAUGACGAGCCAAACGAUGGCACCGAAGUCACGCUCAACCAGCUCGAUGAGGUCUACAGUAAGGCGCAGCUGCACGACAUUGACCUGCCCGAGAUUGAGCCACCCGACACGUUUGCCCUUAAGCUCCGCCCUUACCAGAAGCAGGCGCUCGGCUGGAUGAAGACAAUGGAGCGCGUCGUCGGCGAUCGUGACGACGCUGUCAAGGCCGACGGCGAGACGGAAUCGCCAAAGGGCCGCGAACCCAGCCUGCACCCGCUCUGGGAGGAGUACGAGUUCCCGAUGGACUUUGACGACCCAGAGGGCAACGAGGCGCUCGUCACGAGCAACACCCGCAACUUUUACUUCAGCCCAUACACGGGCGACCUCAGCCUCGAUUUUCAGAAGUCCAGCAAGGGCUCCCGGGGCGGGAUAUUGGCGGACGAGAUGGGGCUUGGCAAGACCAUUAUGGUGGCCAGUCUGAUCCACGCCAAUCGGGCGCCCGAGGGCGGCGACGUCGGCGAUGACGAGAGCGAGGACAGCUCGGCCACGCAGCAGCAAACGGUGAAGCGAGCUCGGACCGCUGCCAACGCGCCGAGGCAGACGUCGCUAGCCUCGGCUUUCGCGGCGUCCAUGGCCGGUGACCAGCGCCGGGCGAUGCUCAGGGCAUCCGUGGCGAGGGGCAAGGCGACGCUGGUGGUAGCGCCGAUGAGCCUGCUGAGCCAGUGGCGCGAUGAGCUGACGCGCGCCAGCCAGCCAGGAACGCUGUCGGCGAUGCUCUACUACGCCGAUUCCAAGGCCGACAUCAUCGCUCAGCUCGAAAGCGGCAAAGUCGACGUCGUCAUCACGUCGUACGGCACGUUGACGACCGAGUACAAGCGCUUCAUCGAUGCUGGCGGUGCGCUGUCGCGCCAUGCAGCCGCAGUGGCGCCGCUGUUCGCGGUCGAGUGGCUGCGUGUCAUUCUCGACGAAGCGCAUCACAUCAAAAACCGCAGCACCCGCAACGCCAAGGCGUGCUGCGACCUCUUGGCGCGCCGCCGGUGGGCCCUCACUGGCACGCCCAUCGUCAACCGUCUGACCGACCUCUUUAGCCUGCUCAAGUUCCUUCGCGUCGAGCCGUGGGGCGACUUUAGCUUUUUCAACAGCUUCAUCAGCAAGCCUUUUGCCAACAAGAACCCAAAGGCCCUCGACGUGGUCCAGGUGGUGCUCGAGUCGGUGCUGCUGCGGCGCGAAAAGCGGAUGAAGGACCGAGACGGUCGCCCGAUUGUCGAGUUGCCGCCCAAGACGGUUGAGGUGCGCAACCUCGACUUUAGCCCGCUCGAACGCCAGAUUUACGACAACGUCUACCACCGCGCAUACCUCCAGUAUGCCUCGAUGAAGGCCAACGGCACCGUCGGCAAGAACUACAGCGUCAUCUUUUCCGUCUUGAUGCGGCUGCGUCAGGCAGUGUGCCAUCCGCUGCUGGUGCUGCGCGGUGACAAGGCCGGAACGGGCCUCAAUGGCGUUGCGGAGGGCUCUUUGGCAAGCAACGGAGCGGCAUCGCUGUUCGACGACGACGAGGGAUCGCAGGACCUGCGCAAGCUCGUCGCCGAGUUCCAAACGGGGUCGAGCAGCAGCGGCGAUGGCGACGCGGCGGCGGGCGACGCCUACACGCAGCAGGUGCUCGAGCAGCUCAUCAAGGCGCAGGGGGGCGAGGGCGGUGGCGAGGGCGGCCAGGGUGAUGAGGAGGAAUGCCCGAUCUGCUUCGAGACCAAGAUCGCCACCUGUUACCUGCCCAAGUGCAUGCACAGCGGUUGCAAGGACUGCAUCCUCGGGUUCUUGCAGGCAUGCGAGGAUCGCGAGGAGGAGCCAUGCUGCCCGACGUGUCGCAAGGGUCCAGUGGCGGCCGAGGACCUCAUCGAAGCGGUGCGCACGCGCUCAAGUCGUGGCGGCAGCGGUAAGACCGGCGACGGAUGCAAGGUCGCUCCAAGCUCUCCUUGCGAGGCCAUCGAGGUGACCGACGACGACAACGGCGACGGCCCAGCGGACGAGGUGCCGAGCUCUCAGCAUUCGCAGCCGGCCGUGUUUUUCCGCCGCAACGACUUCCGCACGAGCACGAAGCUGGCAGCCCUGCUCGAGCACCUCAACGAGCUGCGCGUCGCGGAGCCGGGGUUCAAAGGCGUCAUCUUCUCGCAGUUUACGUCUUUUCUCGACCUGGUGCAGGUGGCGCUAAAGCGGAACCGGCACGCGUUUGUGCGGCUCGACGGGACGACGUCGCAAAAGGACCGCGAAGAGGUGCUGAAGCGAUUCGAGGGGUGGCAGAAGCGCUCGGGAAGCCUGCUGAUGCUCAUCUCGCUGCGCGCUGGAGGCGUCGGGCUCAACCUGACGAGCGCCAGCAAGGUCUGGCUGCUGGAUUGCUGGUGGAACAAGUCGACCGAGGACCAGGCCGUGGACCGGGUGCACCGGCUGGGUCAGACGCGGCCCGUCACCGUGUUCCGGUACCUGAUCACCGACUCGAUCGAGGAUCGGAUCCUGGCCAUCCAGAGGAGAAAGACGGCUCUGGUCAGCCACGCCCUGGCCGGCCGCCGCGGCGCAGACGAGGGAGGCAAAAGCGAGGCGCUCGAGAAUCUCGAGCUGCUCUUUGGCGACUGA